GAGCAGGCACCAUGGAUUCCUUCAAGGUGGUGCUGGAGGGGCCUGCACCUUGGGGCUUUCGGCUGCAGGGGGGCAAGGACUUCAAUGUGCCCCUCUCCAUCUCCCGGCUGACUCCUGGAGGCAAAGCUUCACAGGCAGGCGUGGCUGUGGGUGACUGGGUGCUGAGCAUCGAUGGUGAGAAUGCAGGGGGCCUCACACACAUUGAAGCCCAGAACAAGAUUCGUGCCUGUGGGGAGCGCCUCAGCCUGGGUCUCAGCAGGGCCCAGCCGGCUCAGAGCAAACCGCAGAAGGCCUCUGUCCAGAUGUGUGGGGGUGGGGCUGGAGCACCGCUGUCCUCUCCACGACACGCCAGGGGGGCAUUCACCUCCGGCUGAGCGUUCCCCCUGCCCAGCGUCCUCCCUGCCCGCCCUGCCCGGCUCUGUCUCCGCCCAGGCCCUGGCCCCUGCCGCGGACCCCCCGCGGUACACCUUUGCACCCAGCGCCUCCCUCAACAAGACGGCCCGGCCCUUUGGGGCGCCCCCGCCCGCUGACAGCGCCCUGCAGCAGAAUGGACAGCCGCUCCGGCCGCUGGUUCCAGAUGCCAGCAAGCAGCGGCUGAUGGAGGACACAGAGGACUGGCGGCCUCGGCCCGGGACAGGCCAGUCCCGUUCCUUCCGCAUCCUUGCCCACCUCACGGGCACCGAGUUCAUGCAAGACCCGGAUGAGGAACACCUGAAGAAAUCAAGAUCUUGCAGCCAGGUGCCCAGGACAGAAGCCCCAGCCCCAGCCUCAACUACACCCCAGGAACCCUGGCCUGGCCCUACCACCCCCAGCCCCACUAGCCGCCCACCCUGGGCUGUGGACCCUGCAUUUGCUGAGCGCUACGCCCCGGACAAGACCAGCACGGUGUUGACCCGGCACAGCCAGCCAGCCACACCCACACCUCUGCAGAACCGCACCUCCAUCGUGCAGGCAGCCACUGGAGGAGGCACAGGAGCAGGUGGUGGCAGCAAUGGCAAGACUCCCGUGUGCCACCAGUGCCACAAGGUCAUCCGGGGCCGCUACCUGGUGGCACUGGGCCAUGCAUACCACCCUGAGGAAUUUGUGUGCAGCCAGUGUGGGAAGGUCCUGGAAGAGGGCGGCUUCUUUGAGGAGAAGGGUGCCAUCUUCUGCCCCCCCUGCUAUGAUGUGCGCUAUGCACCCAGCUGUGCCAAGUGCAAGAAGAAGAUCACAGGCGAGAUCAUGCAUGCCCUAAAGAUGACCUGGCAUGUGCACUGCUUUACCUGCGCGGCCUGCAAGACGCCCAUUCGGAACAGGGCCUUUUACAUGGAGGAAGGCGCACCCUACUGCGAGCGAGACUAUGAGAAGAUGUUUGGCACGAAAUGCCGGGGCUGUGACUUCAAGAUCGAUGCAGGGGACCGCUUCCUGGAGGCGCUGGGCUUCAGCUGGCAUGACACUUGCUUCGUGUGUGCGAAUAAUUGCCCAACUCAGAACUCAGAGGCCCAGCUGGGGACCACCUCUCUACUUCCUGGACUGGACCAAGUAAAGUUGGCUUGUUUCUGUCACCUUCCCGUAGAAGAUGGGGGUGGGAGGCUUUGUAGGAGAUGGAAAAGGCUUCUUAGAGCCGAGGAGGGUUUCAGGGUCUCACCUCAGCAAGGAGUGGAGAUGUUCCAGGAGGCCCUGGCAAUGGUGCUCACCCCCACACAGGGGACUUCUGUGCUCAGAGCUCUGGGAAACAAAGGUGCCAGGGGGACUGGCCCUGGAGUGUCCUUGGAGGGGCCUUGCCCUGGGAGUCUGGGGUUAGACGCUGCUUCCCUGCUUCCGGAACUCUAUUUGGGAUUCCUCUGAGAGGCCUGAGGCUCGGGAGAGAAGGCAAAGGAAUUCCUAGGCUGGCCCUAUUUGGAGGCAGCAAGUAAGGGAGGGGUGCUCAGAAUAGAGGUGGAGCAGGGAUGGGGAAGAAGUUCAGAAUGCUGGGGUAAU